AUGCAAUCGCGUUUUCCUCUCACCCUAGCAAUCGCCCCUCCCUCCCUCCCGCCAUUGCCUUUCCCUCCUCACCCGCCAUCGCCUCUCCCUCCCCGUCGUCGCCUCUCCCUCCCUCCCCGUCGUCGCCUCUCCCUCCCUCCCCGUCGUUGCCUCUCCCUCCCUCCCCGUCGUCGCCUCUCCCUCCCUCCCCGUCGUCGCCUCUCCCUCCCUCCCCGUCGUCGCCUCUCCCUCCCUCCCCGCCGUCGCCUCUCCGUUCCCUCCCCGUCGUCGCCUCCUCUUCCCUACCCGCCGUCGCCUCUGGCGACAGGCGCCAAGCGCGAGCGCCAAGGCGAAUCUACCUCUGAGGCACCGUGA